AUGGAGUACUCAUAUGCUCAAAUUAUUCCUAAUGAGCUAUUCUGCAAAGUUAAAGGUGCAGUCAUAGUAUAUCCGAUCUCAAAAGCUUGGAAGCUGGACCUCCUACGGGAGAUAGUGGUCCCUGAGGAUAUCCCCCUCAUCCAGAACCUUAAAUCUACACUAUCCCCUCGUGUAAACAGGUACUGCUGGAGCCACACCAAGUCCGGUGUCUAUUCUGUAAAAUCUGGCUAUGCUUUGGCCAUGGAAACAAUGGAAGCUUCAGAACCUGCUCCUGUUCUGGAACCAAGCGCCACGGCUCUGCAGGCUAGAGCGCUCUCCAAUUGCGUCCCAGUCUGCAACUCACUCGCGGAUCGGCAUUGCGGCAAUGAUCGAAACUGCCCAAGAUGCGGAGCGGAGGAAGAAACGCGUAACCACCUGUUCUUUGAAUGUCCGUCUUCUGUACAAGCGUGGGAUCUGGCUGAUAUGCCACAUUCUCUGGCUUAUUCCCGUGCACCUCGAUACUUAGAUACUACUAUCAACAACGUCCCGUGGGUAAUAUGGUACAUUUGGAAAGCCCGAAACGACAAAGCUUUCAACAGCAAAGACCCCUCCCCGCUAGAGACUAUUCAGAUCGCUAAAUCUGAGGCCGAAAGCUGGCGUGUAGCUUAA